AUGGUUGAAGAUUCGAAGGUCAGAGACGCGUUAAAGAGCAGCGGAGACAAAAAGGCAUUGCCAGCGUCGCUAGUGCCAGAAGCGCCACCAGUGCUCACAUCCAAGGACAAAGUCACGCAGCGGUUGAUUGUUGUGUUGUCGCAAGCGUCUCUUGAGACCCAUAAAAUAUCGUCUGGGGGACAUGGGGGCGACAAGUAUGCAUUACUGAACUGCGAUGACCACCAGGGCCUGCUUAAAAAAAUGGGGCGGGACAUCAGCGAGGCGCGACCAGAUAUCACGCACCAGUGCUUGCUGACGCUGCUUGACUCGCCCAUCAACAAGGCCGGGAAGCUUCAGGUUUAUAUCCAGACGAGUCGCGGCGUGUUGAUAGAGGCCAACCCCACGGUCCGUAUUCCGCGUACAUUCAAGCGUUUCUCGGGUCUGAUGGUGCAACUAUUGCACAAGCUAUCCAUUCGUUCUGUGAACUCCGAGGAGAAGCUACUGAGGGUGAUUAAAAACCCCAUAACGGAUCAUCUUCCCACGAAGUGCCGCAAGGUCACUCUUUCUUUCGAUGCGCCUGUCGUGCGUGUCCAGGACUACGUCGAGAAACUAGACCCGGAUGAGAGUAUCUGCGUGUUUGUUGGUGCCAUGGCUAGAGGUAGCGACACCUUUGCAGACGAGUUUGUGGAUGAAAAGAUCGGGCUUUCGAAUUACCCUCUGUCCGCUUCUGUUGCAUGCUCGAAGUUCUGUCAUGGUUGUGAGGACGCCUGGCAAAUUUUAUAA